GGAUGACAGUCCUGACGGUAAGUUGUUGCAGAGAACUUAGGGAUUGUGGGGAGUUAUUUGCGGGUAAGUCAACGUUCCGCAAGACGCGCAGACAGGAAAGGAUUGAGGACCUCAACUCUCAGAUGAGCUGAGAAUCUGUCGAAACGACGAAACAUUCAGGCCACAACGUGAGGGAAGAUACAGACACAAUGUCCACUGUCCACUUCAGUCCAGGGUCAGAUUCAGGUGUGAAUGGAAAUGUUGCAAAGAUGGAAGAUGCUAAAGUUAAGAUCGACGAUGGAAAGGAGGAGAGUUUGGUACCGGACACCAUGUACCACAAGAUCCGUAAGAAGAUCACACCGUUUGUCAUGUCCUUUGGAUUUCGUAUAUUUGGACUGGUUCUGAUCAUAGUGGACAUUGUGCUGGUGAUUGUGGACUUUGCUCUGCCAGCCAAGAGCAGAGAGUUGGGGGACACCUUAGAGGCCGUGUCCCUCACCAUUUCCUUCUUCUUCGUGCUCGAUGUCCUACUGCGGGUCUACGUGGAAGGGUUUAAGGUGUACUUCAGCUCCAAACUCAACAUCAUAGACGCCUGUGUUGUGGUGGUGACCUUGAUUGUCACCAUGAUCUACACCUUCACUGACCUGACUGGUGCCAGCCUCAUCCCCAGAGUGGUCACGUUUUUCCGUUUCUUGAGAAUAAUAAUCCUCGUGAGGAUUUUCAGAUUGGCAGCCCAAAAGAAGGAGCUCGAGAAGGUCACCAGGAGGAUGGUUUCGGAGAACAAGCGACGUUAUCAAAAGGAUGGUUUUGACCUUGACCUUACCUACAUCACAGAUCGCAUCAUUGCCAUGUCCUUCCCCUCUACUGGGAAACAGUCUUUUUACAGAAAUCCAAUCGGGGAAGUGGCCAGGUUCCUGGACACUAAGCAUGACGGACACUAUAAGGUUUACAACCUGUGCAGUGAGAAGGGUUACGAUCCUCAGGCCUUCCACUACAGAGUCGAACGGGUCUUCAUCGAUGACCACAACGUCCCCUCGCUGCAGGACAUGCUGAACUACACUGCCAACGUGAGGGAGUGGAUGAAUGCCGAUCCCAAAAAUGUGAUUGUAAUUCACUGCAAAGGAGGAAAAGGACGCACGGGUACAAUGGUGUGCACCUGGCUCAUAGACAGUGACCAGUUUGAGAGUGCAAACGACAGUCUGGAGUAUUUUGGUGAGAGGAGGACAGACAAGAGUGUCAGCUCCAAGUUUCAGGGAGUGGAGACUCCCUCUCAGAGUCGGUACGUCGGCUACUAUGAAACCAUUAAAACACAUUACAAGAGGAAGCUGCCUCCACCUAAACAACUGAAAAUCAAGAGCAUCCGGAUCCACUCCAUAUCAGGUGUGGGCGAAGGAGAUGGUAGUGACUUCAAAGUGAAGAUUUAUGUGAAGAAAGUACUGGUGUUCCAGUGUGUGUGCAGCAGACAUGAGAACUGCACAGUGUUCCCUGAUGUGGGCAAUAACGCAGUCAUCAUCAGUCUAAAGAACGGGCCUGUGGUUGAAGGAGAUGUAAAGGUCAUGUUUGAGUCACAUAGUCUUCCAAAAGGAUACGAAGAUGUUCCGUUCUUCUUCUGGUUCAAUACCUCCUUUGUAAAGAAUAUGAAGCUUUUUCUACCAAGAGAAGAACUGGACAACCCGCACAAACCCAAGACCUGGGAAAUUUACAGGCAAGACUUUGGUGUCACCGUGUACUUUGCAGCCCCGUAAACGUGUUUGUUUGUCAUGACUGAGUGAGGAGCAAUUGUUUAAUAGAGCAUGUGAGAUGAAAUCUAGUUUUUCUUCCACUGAAGUGUGAAGAAAAAACUAUGACAAUUAUUAAACUCCAAAUACUUUUAUUUUGUAUGAUAAAAGUCCACACAAACACCUCAAAAA